AUGCCGAUCAACAAAGAAGGUGGAUUCAACUCCCAAGAGCGACUUGGUACAAAGGGCAGGCCCUCGCAGCUCGUUCACCAGCGCUUCACUUGUCACUUGAUGACACCAGCAUCAAGCGGUUACAUCGCAGUCAGUGAAAUCGACAUGUCGCAACCACCAGCCAUCCGAUACAACCUCAGAUCAAGACAACACAGCGCCUGGCCGUCCACUCCUUCUCCUACUUCUGAAGGACAGAAGCCGGUGGGAGCCUCCACGGAUCAGGCCUCAGAACCUUCUCGUACACCCACGACUUCCUCGUCCUCAGUCAUCUCAUCGCCUUUGAGCUCCCAAUCCGGAAGCCAUGAGUCGUCAUCGUCGUCGAGUGACGACUAUGGCGGCGUUCCCAGCGUCAGCGAGCUUGGCACAGGAGAAGUGCUCUCAACUGGAGUCCAAUCUCCCUACUACAGACGUCUGUGGGGCGUGAACUGCGAAGAUCCCGGCAAAUAUCGGCCUGAAGGCUUCUGUCCUGUGGUCGUAGGAAUUUCUAUGAAUUCCAGAUAUGAGGUUGUCCACAAACUUGGCUGGGGCAGCUUUUGCACCGUAUGGCUUGCGAGAGAUCAUCAUAAGGGACGCUACGUGGCGGUGAAGGUCACAUCGGCGAAGGACACGCAAUUCGAUGGCUACGUGGAAGUAACUGCACACCUGGCCUUACAAAAGCGACUCGCUGAACAGGAUAGGGUGAGGCACAUUGUACCCCUUCUCGACUGGUUCGGCGUAGCUAGCGGCAAUGGUCGGCAUCUUUGCUUGGUUUUCGAGUUCAACGGUCCAAGCCUCGCAUAUUUCACCGACGAACAGUGCAAAAGGAGUCGCAAGCUUAAAGUACGUCCUGAUCAUGCCCGCAAACUUGCUCGAGAUGCCGCCGAAGGUCUCCAAAAAUUACACAACGUCGACAUAAUUGUAGGUGAUAUAUCUGCGGCCAACAUGGUCUUCAAAGUCAGCGACGAGAUCCAUGACUGGCCGAUCGAGACCCUCUACGAACGUCUUGGUCCCCCUCGUCGAGUGCCUCUUGUUGCAUGUCAAGGAUGGGAAUUUUUCGCUGAAAAGCAUGCGCCUGAUUUCGUGUACGAAGCGAUCGACUGGACCAAAGACAGGCGCUGGCAGUUUCUGGAACCGGCCCUCCGUUACAUUGAUCUUGCUUAUGUUUCCAUAGAUGGGAAGAAGACGAAUGCUCAUACCACAACAUACAGUGACUCGGGACCCGACUUCGGGCAGACCGAAGACCCAUUGUUCCCAUGGCUACGAACACGCGAGUCUGACGUCUUUGCUCUAGCAUGUAUCUGGUACGAGCUGCGAACUGGCGAGGUCCUGCAGAGUGUCUCGCUUCAGAAUCGGUGGGCGCUCUAUGGGGGCAGGCCUGUCUGGAAGGAGCGCAAGUUGCAACGAUUGAACGACGUCGCCGCCAGUCGCGCGCUCGCUGGGCGUCUCCGCUUCACCAUAAUAAGGCAAUUGCUGCGCACUAUAUCUGCCACAUUCACUGAGUUAUUGCUGGGUGGCCCAUGUCCGCAAGAGGUCUGUGAACGAUUUGGUCGCAGGUACUUGCGGUGUACCUGCGGCGAUUGCGGCGAAUUGCGCCGGAGAUACUGGUUCAGGGGAACAUUGCAGAGCGCGAGAAAAGACGACCGCAGCGAGUUCCGCAACAAACACAGGCGAAUAAGCCUAAAACGCCGGCUAUAUAACAUCGGCCGAGACUGGACUCGUUGGCAUGCAUUAACUGUUGCCCAACGACGAGCGGCAUUGAAUCGUCUUCGCGAUGCGCUUGACUUCAGGCGCCGUUACAAUGGGCAAGCCCUACCGCAAACGGACGAAGAGCUGGACACCGGCGCUCCGCCUCCUGUCAAGCUGAGCACAAGGGAGGCGCGUGACUUCGAGGAGGUUUUGCUCAUGAUGCUUACGGACAAGCGUCGCGACCGCGCAACGUUACAGGAGAUACUGGACAUGCCUUGGUGCGAUCUCGAGAACCAAGUUUAUCCUUUUGAAAAUGGAAAUCAGGUCGAGAAGAGAGAUCAAGAAGAGCCUUGGUGUCAGGCAUACUCCGCAGGACCGGAGGAUGCGAAGACUGGGUUCAUGUUCGAGGGCAAGCGGUAUAUGUAG